AUGUUUGCUAUACGACAAUAUUCAUGUAUACUUUUAUCACGUUCUUACUCUUCUUGUCUUAUUCGUUAUCAAUCAACAAAAAGUACUGAUCUAGCUGAGACCUCACCGCCAGAUAUUGAACGAAAAUCAACCGUUGAUUAUUCACUAUGGGCAACAUCAGAAACAAAUCAAUUGGUUAAUUAUUUAUCAAAUCGAAUCAAAACUAUUGGACCUAUAACUGUAGCUGAUUUUAUGCGCGAAUCAUUGUUACAUCCAAAAUAUGGUUAUAAUGCAAGAAAGGAAGUCUAUGGUAAAAAAGGAGAUUUUAUUACAACACCUGAAAUUAGUCAAUUAUAUGCUGAAUUACUAGCUAAAUGGAUCAUACAGGAGAAUGCAACAAUAGGUGGUAAUGUUUUACAAUUAGUCGAAAUGGGACCUGGUCGAGGUUUAUUUAUGAAUAAUAUAAUUAAAGUAUUAAGACGAGAAAAAUAUUCUCAUUCACAUACAUUUUUUGCCUUGUAUGAAACUAAUCCACUUAUGCGACGAUGUCAAGCAGAAACACUACUUGGUCGAUCGUUCAAUCCGUUAAUAGCAAAUGAUUAUCGAAUCAAAGAUGGUAAUUAUUCUCUUAUAUGGAUUGAUGAGUUUAAACAACUACUUCAUAAUGAUACAUAUUUUAUUGCAAAUGAAUUUUUCGAUACUUAUCCUAUACAUAAAUUUCAAAAAACCUCACAAGGUUGGCAAGAAGUUAUGAUUGAUUGGGAUCCAAUAAGAAAAACACUUCAAUAUGUUUUAUCAUUAAAACCAACGCCUAUGAUUAGACUUUAUGAAAAUUUUCUUAAAAAUGUCAGAAAUAGACAGCACAUAGAAAUCAGUCCACAACGUGCGAUGAUUAUGCAGUCUAUGUGUACACAUUUGAAGACAUACGGCGGUUCAGCUUUAAUUGGUGACUAUGGUCAUUGGGGUGACAAAGGUGAUACAUUUCGUGCUUUUCGUAAAGAUGAAAUAGUUGAUCCGCUUUCUGAUCCUGGCAAUGUUGAUAUGACAUCAGAUGUUGAUUUUGAAGAAUUAUCAAUGCGUGGCAUGCAAGUAUCGAAUGUUCAAUUUUUUGGACCAGUUUCUCAAGGAAAUCUUCUCUAUAAUUUGGGUUUGAAUGAUCGAUUAGCGAAAUUAACAUAUAACAAAACACCUGAAGAACAAGAAGAAAUUUUAAGUGAUGUGGAAAAAUUAGUUAGCCCAGAAUAUAUGGGCGAUAGAUUUCUUUAUAUUUGUGCACAACGAACAAAUAGAUUAAAUGCACCUGCGGGUUUUUCUUCUCCACAUUAA